GUCUACCCCUCUCACUUGCUAAAACUCACUUCAGGAUUACACCAUUGAGAUACUAUCUAUAUUCCUACCCGCCUUGUACUCAACAGUAGCUACCAUGAAGUUUGCCAUUGCAACUACCGCACUCGCCAUCAUUAAUAUGGCUUCCGCUAAAGGAAUUAACUGUGAGGGCAAUGCUCGUUGCCCAGAGUUGAAUCUCUAUCAGGGUGUUGGAGAUUACCUAGGUCAGGCAAACCGAAUCGACCCCAACCGCUGGUAUAACAAUGGCGAGCACAUCAUGUGUUUUACUUCAUAUCCUCAUACCGAAAUCGGAAUCAAGGCCCCCUUGAGCUCUUGUGCAUUUCUACAGAAAUCUGGGGGCGCUCCAGGUCGCUCGAUCAAGCCACUCUUGGAAGCUCUCAAUAAUCACGGAUGCCGAAUGUGCGGAAGCGUUCCUUUGUUCUAUCCCCAGGGUGAUAAUGAUAUUGACCAUCAUGGGGAGUUGACAAUUAACUUUGUCGACCACAACAAAGUCCACUGCGAUGGUCUUUGUUAGUAAGAGAGAUAAUAAGGAAAAGUGGUGUUGUAUAAGAAGGAGUCAACCGUUAGAAACCAGUUAUUACCGAUUAUCUGUUAUUGUAUUUAAGCCUUGAGUCGGUGCUUAUUAAGUAUCUAUUAUUAUAUUUAAAC